CUUCUAUGCUUUUGAUUGUUUGGUAUUGAACCCUGUACUAUUUCUUGGGCUUGAUUUGAUGAAGUAGGUUCUAGUUAGAUGCAUAUAAAGCUUGGAAAUGAAAAUAUGAAGUUUGAGUUUGUUAUAGUAUGAAAUUGAUAGUAGGGGCUUGAUUGUCUGUUAAGCAUGCUUGCUAAUGUUGUUUUUUUCCCUUUCUCUUGCACAAAUUUCCAUUGUGCUUAUGUUAUUUAAACCUUGUGCAAUUAAAGAUCAAGCGCGUGAUUUUGUGGUGCUUUUUAUGUUACUGGCAGUGGGGAACUUAUAGCUCUCUUGAUAGCUGAAGAUGAAUGACAAGGGGCAAGUCGAAGUUCAACCCCACCUUGAAAUGGGACUACUAGAUGAUGGGGCAAUGCAUGAUCUCGAUGAUGAGUGCCUCUAUUCCUCUUAAAUGGAUGCUCAAAAGACACAUCCUAUUCAUUCGAAUCAACCAGUUUCAUUCUCUGGUUUGCCUGUUGGUGGUAAUAAAAUGACAAGGAAUGGUGUUUAUAAGAGCAUAAAGACCGUAGUUUUCUCGAAUAAACUCAACUUGCUCCUUCCUUUUGGGCCUCUAGCAAUUAUGGUUCAUAAAAUGAGCGCGAGUAAAGGGUGGGUCUUCUUUCUAAGCUUACUAGGUAUAACACCUUUGGCAGUGCGUUUGAGUUAUGCUACUGAGCAGCUGGCUUUUUACACUGGACCUACAGUUGGUGGUCUUCUAAAUGCUACAUUUGGGAAUGCAACUGAAUUGAUUAUUUCAAUUUAUGCACUGAAAAGUGGAAUGACACGUGUAGUUCACUUGUCGUUGUUGGGCUCAAUUUUGUCAAAUAUGUUGCUUGUUCUUGGAUGUUCAUUCUUUUGUGGAGGGCUUGUACAUCAUGGAAAGGAACAGGUCUUCAGCAAGGCAACAGCUGUUGUCAAUUCAGGACUGCUGCUGAUGGCAGUCAUGGGCUUACUCUUUCCAGCAGUCCUCCACUACACACACACUGAACGGCAAGUUGGGAAGUCGGAGUUGGCUCUUUCGAGGUUUAGCAGUUGUGUUAUGCUUCUAGCUUAUGCUACCUAUCUUGUUUUCCAGUUAAAAAGUCAAGAGGAUACCUAUGUCCCCGUUGGUGAGGAAGGAACUAUCAAUAGGGAGAACGAUGACGAUGAUGAAGCUCCAGAGAUCUCCAAAUGGGAAUCAAUAAUUUGGCUUGCUAUCAUGACUGCUUGGAUUUCUAUCCUGUCGGACUAUUUGGUGGAUACCAUAAAGGGGGCAUCUGAUGCAUGGAAUGUGCCAAUUGCGUUUAUUAGUGUUAUCUUACUCCCCAUAAUUGGGAAUGCUGCUGAGCAUGCAAGCGCAAUCAUGUUUGCCAUGAAAGACAAGCUUGACAUAUCCCUGGGAGUGGCGAUAGGGUCAUCAACUCAAAUUUCUAUGUUUGGGAUACCAUUUUGUGUGGUUAUUGGGUGGGCGAUGGGGCAGGAAAUGGACUUGAACUUCCAGCUCUUUGAGACAACAAUACUGUUCAUUACUGUUAUAGUUGUAGCCUUUUUUCUGCAGGUUGGUAUAUCAAGAACUUUAUAUUCGAGUUUGAGUAAUCGGUAUCAUUUUUAAGGAUUAAAGCGAAUGAAAAAUAGAAGGCUGUGGACGGUA